AUGGACAGCAAAGAUGCCAGCAACAUGUUGGCCCCGCCAGCUGUGACCUCUCUCCGAGCACAGUCGGCUGGGGUCAUGGAGCGGACAUUUUCCGAAGACAUUAGAGAGGAACGGGAGGAGCUUCGGGAGGCUGCCGAGCAGACUCUCAAUGUCAUCUUGGACCUCAACCUCGACGGCACGAUACGAUGGGUCAGUCCCUCGUGGUCUGAGGUCAUCGGGACCACGGUAACCUCUGUUCCGGGCACAAGCAUCAGCGACCUGAUCCUUGGUGACAACAAGAGUGUUUUCUCAGACGUUGCCGAGGCCAUGAGAUCCGACGACUCACGCAGCCAAAGGGUACGCUUCGCCGUUCAUGCAGGCCCCCUUUCGCGACUGUUGUCGCUCGACGACCUCCAAGAUCCUCAAGGCUCGCCUGAAGAGCCCCCCGCACACGCCAUUGAGCUGGAGGCCCAAGGCAUUAUGGUAUACGACGUGGUGUCGGGAGGAGAGAGCCAUACUAUGUGGAUGAUUCGACCCUGGAUCGCGCCCCGCGAAAUUCAAAUAGACCUACCUACCGUCAUUGUCGACAGCUUGGGAUCCGGGGCUGAGGUCCUCGCCAGCUACCUGACCCAGCUCGCCGAGUCUGGCGUAGAAGAUCCCGAGAACCACCCGCCACCACUUCCAGUCUUGUGUCGCAUAUGCGAACGUCAAAUCUCGCCCUGGUGGUUCGAGAAGCACACCGACCUGUGUUUGCAGGAGCACAGGGCCGAGAUGGACGUACAAAUGGCUCAGGAGAACCUCACAGAACAUCGACAUGCCAUCGUCAAGGUCCUCGACGCAUUGGAGGCUAGGAAGAGUCGCUCCUUGACAGGUGAACAACCGUCGCUUCCCCUCGCCGAGUACAAGGGCCUAGCCAUCGGACCACCUCCUUCGAGCCAGUCGUCGCCGGGCACAUCGGUGUCUCAGUCGAGAGACCGGUCUGGCACGGGCGGCUUUGGUCAUGCCAGGGCUCGCUCGUUUGCCAUCCGCCGUCCACAGGCCAGAAUCGUGGAACUCUUGGUGGACCUUUGUGACACUGCCAUAGAAGUAAGCACGCCAGCCAUCAAGGAGUCGUCCUCGCAUGCACCUGGGGAGCUCCGAACGCAAUCACCGCAAUCCGAAUCGCGCAUCUCCCAGGUCAUGCACUGGCAGUCGCCGAGCACAAACACACUGGAACAGGAGACAGGAUUGGCUCUUCUUUGCGCCGACACGGAAAAGGCUGCCAAGGCAAAAGUGGAAGCUGUGUUUCGGCACCGGAAAAUCAUCGAGUAUGCUGAACGCAUCAGGGUCGAAUUCGCCGUCAUUGUGCAGGAUUGCAUUGAUGAGGCCAUGCGGAAGGCGGCUCGUAUCGCUUCUGGACGUCUGAGCGAUUCCACUGAGGACGAAACGGAGGAAGAAGACCAGGAGAUCACACCUGCCUUCGAAGAGCCAUCGUUCUUCCAGCAGGACCCCACAGACAACACGUCUGCGCUGGCCGCUGCGCUUCAACAGGUAUCGCUUGGCGAGAAUGCCGACUAUACUCGGCCAGUGUCAUUUGUGGGUUCUGCAAGAUCGAGCAGCCCCAAGGAGUGUCCUACUCCCAAAUCCAACUUUGGCGGUCUAGCCAACAAGGCCACAGCUCGUGACUCGAGACGUGGCUCUAUCAUGUUUGAGAGCGAUACUGGCGAUAGUGACGGCAGCAUCCGAUCUUCGUCGCUGGCAUCGCGGCAAGCACCGCGGACAGACUCGCCCAUAUCCGAAUUCGGCGACCUUCGCCGUGCAGCGAGCUCGCGUCAGCAUCAUCGUCGAAGUCUCAUCCUUCCAGGAACCUCCUCACCUCGACGACAGGAGUCUCCCUCGCGCGCGACGCAGCCGUCAUCGCCACUCCGCAUCAACAAACCUCGGAACUUCGUGUUUGGACAUGAUGGCAUCGCUUCUCCCGAGGCAUCCCCCAUGAUGCCGGGCAGCGAAUUCUCCUCCCCGGCUGUGGCCGCGAUUCACCAUCAUCGACGUCAGUCAUCUGCCGCCAUGUCUGAAUUUGCCAUGAAGCCUCCUCCAUCACCCCGCUUGGGAGCUCACAACCCCCCUCCCCAAGCCCGACCAGCGCCGCCCUCCAUCAAAGAUUUCGAGAUCAUCAAGCCCAUCAGCAAAGGCGCGUUUGGAAGCGUGUAUCUAUCAAAGAAGAAGUCGACUGGCGAAUACUUUGCCAUCAAGGUGCUCAAAAAAGCAGACAUGGUUGCCAAGAAUCAAGUCGGAAAUGUCAAGGCCGAGCGCGCAAUCCUCAUGUGGCAAGGGCAGAGCGAAUUCGUUGCCAAGCUCUACUGGACAUUUUCAAGCAAAGACUAUCUCUACCUGGUGAUGGAAUAUCUCAACGGCGGAGACUGUGCCUCUUUGAUCAAGGUCCUUGGAGGUUUGCCUGAGGACUGGGCCAAGAAGUACUUGGGCGAGGUCAUACUUGGCGUAGAGCAUCUCCACAGUCGAGACAUCAUUCAUCGCGAUUUGAAGCCUGACAACCUACUCAUUGACCAGAAAGGUCACCUCAAGCUGACUGAUUUUGGCCUUUCGCGCAUGGGUCUCGUAGGCAGGCAGAAGCGAGCCCUCAACAACGAAAACAGCGACCCCACCCCGGACCUGUUGAAGCAGGGCCCAUUUGCUCGCUCGGCUUCCAUGGCCUCCUCUCGCUCGACUUCACUGGACCUUCACGGGAACUCGCCGUCGCCUAACCUGACCCCUCAGUCCACACCUGACGUGGGAGCCAGUCUCGGCCUCGGCCAACCAUCGUAUUUCAGCCUUGGCAACCCACAGCAAGAAACACGCCGGGUAUCCAGUCAUCGAAGCGACAGUGGCGGCAGCGAGGCUCUCGCGAACAUGUUGCAAUCAUUCUCACUUAACGAUGCGGAGUCAAGUAGCGCUAUCAUGCCGUAUGCCAAAUCGCCGGUGGAUGCCCGGCCAGACAGCAACGCUGCAAGCUUCCCCGAGGCAAACUCCUUUCCAAAGCAGUCAAGCCUACAAUCUCAAUCCCAGUCAAAUCUGGAUACCUUGAAGAAGAGCACACCUCCGCAAAACAGCAUGAUGCCCCCUCCCAUGGCCUUGUUUGAUCCAGAGGACACUAACAGGCGUUUCGUCGGCACGCCUGAUUAUCUUGCGCCUGAGACGAUCAACGGAGAGAAGCAAGACGAAACAAGUGACUGGUGGUCGGUCGGCUGCAUCAUGUUCGAAUUCAUGUACGGAUUCCCGCCCUUCCACGCUGGUGAGGCUGAGCACGUGUUUGAGAAUAUCCUGGCACGCAAAAUACAAUGGCCAGACGAGACGGAAUGCGAGAUAUCGGACGAGGCUAAGGAUCUUAUUAACAAGCUGCUCUGUAUGGAGCCCUCCAAGAGACUUGGAUCUAACUUGGAGGACAAAUUCCAGUCCGGUGGUGAGGAGAUCCGGAGCCACCCUUGGUUCAACGGCAUCAACUGGGACACCUUGGUUGAGGAUGAGGCUCAGUUCGUGCCACAAACUGAGGAUCCAGAAGACACGGAGUACUUCGACGCUCGCGGUGCUGUUUUGCAGUCAUUCGCAGAGGAGAUGGAGGAUCAAACCUCUCCGCCUUCGUCUGCAGCAGGAUCGGACUACCCUGAUCGUCCUCACGAUGCGCUAUCCCGCGUGCGAUCACAGGUUAACUCGAUAAAACGUGGGCUUAUGCCCCUUCACAUCCCACCUCACGUUCGAGAUCUGAAGACUCGACGCCUCAGCGAACCGGUUGUGGCGGACGAUUUCGGCUCGUUCGCCUUCAAGAACUUGCCGGUUUUGGAGAAGGCCAACAAGGACGUCAUCCAGAAGCUGCGCGCGGAAGCCUUGGCCUCGCAAAACAAACCCUCUACUAGCCCGGGGGGGAGCGUUACCUCACCCGGAGAGAACAAUUUCGAACGCCAAAGCCAGGCCACAAUCGCCCUCUGGACUGAGCGUGGCCAACUCGUCGCCCAGCCGAGCGUCUCAGCCAUCCUCGCCGCUCUUGGUGUCCUUUGUGACUGGACAACAAGGGGAAGGACGACGCAAGGCAUCGAGUACAUCCUCCGGCCUCUCGCAGCAAUCGAUCACCUCACCUCAGUCCAACGGGGCGAUCGACAUCCCCAGGGUGCCUCCAAGCCUGCAGAAGGCUGCAACAUCUUUAUCAGCGUCACCUGUCAAGGGUCGGGGCCAGGCGCCUCCCCCAUUGGCAUUGUCACCGCAAAAGUUGAUGGCAACGCCGAGACAGUUGAGCUCUUCAUCUACUGGACGAUCCCGCUCCUUGACCGUUGGUUCUCAAUCGCAGGAGGGCAGUCCGAUCACAUCCGACGUGCUCUCACACCAUCGCAACAGGCGUAG